GUGGUAGUUAUGUGUGUCCUAUUUAUCUCACUGAAGAGUAUGGUCUCAAAGUGCAUCCAUUUAGCUAGAAAUGUCUCAAGGUUAUCCUUUGUGGCAGAGUAGUACAGUACUUGAUUGUAUUAAAAAAAAAAUCUUGGGCAGUCACCUGGGGCCGGUGGUGCAGGUGCCUCGCAGUGACCUUGCAGUGGCCCAGGUAGGGUCCCUGCGCGGGACUCAGGGCGCGAGCUCCGGCCGGUGGUUUCUGCUGGAGGACUCCGGAGGAAGGUGCGGCCCGGAGCCCCUCAAGAAGCGCCAGCAACUCACCUUCCAGAGAUAACCUACACCAGCAAAGGGUAGCUUACAUAGCAUUUUGGCAUAGCAAAAUGAAAUGCAAGGAACAACAGUGACAUAAUUGAAGGCAGCAAAAUCAAAAUAAAAUAGGACCACUGGUUAGGAAGACUGGAGAGACUCAUCUGGUCAUUCCAUCUAGGCCUCCUCCAAGCAACACCACUUGGCAGUCGUCAGAUUGGCAGCGAUGCUUCCGUGUCCUUGUACCACGAACCUGUGAUGGAACUUUUUCAGAUAACGUCAAGUUAAACUAUAGUAUGUGAAUGGAAAAUAAAGUGAAGCAGUGUUUUAUCAUGUAUUUCCCAGCAGGUCUUCUUGAAAUUUAAAAAUAUGACAUCUUUUUCUUCAGACAGCUGCUCUUUUCAGAACCAGUUACAUCAAACGAAUCAGCCUCUAGAUGCUACUUUUCUGUUGUUCUUGAUCGUACUUGGGAAAAUAUUACUAAACAUCCUCCCACUAGGAAUGAGAAGAAAAAACAGCUGUCAAAAUGUUAUGGAAUGUUUUUGUGUUUCAUUAGCAUUUGUUGAUUUUUUAUUUUUGGUAAACAUUUCCAUUAUAUCCUAUUUCAGGGAUUUUGUACUUUUAGGUAUUAGGUUUACUAAAUAUCAUAUCUGCCUCUUUGCUCAAAUUAUUUCCUUUACUUAUGGCUUUUUGCAUUAUCCAGUCUUCUUAGUAUCUUGUAUAGAUUAUUGCCUGAAUUUCUCUAAACUCACCGAGCUAUCAUCUAAAUGUCAGAAGGUGUUUUAUUUCUUGGCAGUAAUUUUGAUUUGGAUUUCAGUCCUUGCUUAUGUUUUGGGAGAACCAGGUAUCUACCAAAGCCUGAAGGCACAGACUAUUUCUUACCAAUGUCCUGUCCAUGUCAGCAUUCAGAGUUACUGCCUGUCACUUCCCACGAUGAUAAUUUUAUUUAUGGCUUUUAUAACCUCUUGGUCAGAAGUUAUUACCUUGGCACAGGCUAUUCAAAUAACUUCCUAUAUGAAUGAGCCUAUCUUGUAUUUUCCUUCUUCAUCCCUCCCUAGUUACAUUGUAAACUCUAAAAGAAUACUCUUGCCCAAGCUCAUUGUCUGUUUUCUUGGUACCUGGUUACCACUUGUACUGCUUCAGGUAUUCAUUCUUUUACUUAAAGUACAGAUUCCUGCAUAUAUUGAGUUGAACAUUCCCUGGUUGUACUUUGUCAAUAGUUUUCUCAUUGCCACCAUUUGUUGGUUUAAUCGUCACAAGCUUUAUUUAAGAAAUACCUCAUUACCCAUAGAUCCAUUUGUCAACUGGAAAUGCUGCUUCAUUCCACUUACAAUGCAUAAUUUUGGACAAAUUGAAAGCCUAUGUCAAUAA